AUCAAUCGUGUCUUUGUGGAGUAAAUGUGCGGCGGUUUGCGUCAGCUGCUGAACGGCGGCUAUAAAAGCGCCUGAGAGCUGAAGCGGCUCACACACGGCUGAUCUUCUCUGAUGGACGGGAUGCAGGAGCAGGAGUACAGGCUGAGAGGGAAGGAGAUGGUGGAUUUCAUACAGCAGUAUCUCACACGGAUCCGUGAGCGGCGGGUUGUUCCGGACGUUCAGCCGGGUUACAUGCGUCCUCUUCUGCCCAGCAGCGCCCCGAAUGAGCCGGAGGACUGGAGCAGCAUCAUGAGGGACGUGGAGAACAUCAUCAUGCCCGGGGUGGUGCACUGGCAGAGUCCUCACAUGCACGCGUAUUUCCCUGCGCUGACCUCAUGGCCGUCUCUGCUGGGCGACAUGCUGGCAGACGCCAUUAACUGCCUUGGCUUCACCUGGGCCUCGAGUCCGGCAUGUACGGAGCUGGAGAUGUGUGUGUUGGACUGGUUGUGUAAAGCGCUCGGGUUGCCAGAUCACUAUUUACACCAUCAUCCACAGAGCAAUGGAGGAGGAAUACUGCAGAGUACGGUCAGUGAGUGUACGCUGGUCGCUCUGCUCGUCGCCAGGAAGGACCGAAUCCUGCAGAUGAAGACUGAAUUCACACACGCCGACACGGACGAAUCUGUGCUGAACUCCAGACUCAUCGCAUACGCCUCCGAUCAGGCUCACUCGUCAGUGGAGAAGGCCGGUCUGAUCUCUCUGGUGAAGAUCAGGUUUCUAGAGACGGACGAGGCGUUUUCUCUGCGUGGAGAAACUCUUCAGCGCGCGAUCGACGAGGACCGGAGGAGAGGCUUCAUUCCCGUGAUGUUGUGUGCGACGCUCGGAUCCACCGGCGUGUGUUCCUUCGACCGUCUGGAUGAACUCGGGCCCGUGUGUGCGCGCGAGGGUCUCUGGCUGCACGUGGACGCGGCGUACGCUGGAUCUGCUCUGCUCUGUCCUGAACUGCGCUAUUUUCUCAGCGGAAUCGAGUUUGCCGAUUCAUUCGUCUUCAACCCGUCGAAGUGGAUGAUGGUCCAUUUUGACUGUACAGCAUUUUGGGUGAAGAACAAGAUGAAGCUUCAGCAGACGUUCACCGUCGACCCGCUGUACCUGAGACACGAUAACUGCGACGCCACCGACUUCAUGCACUGGCAGAUCUCUCUGAGCCGCCGCUUCCGCUCUCUGAAGCUGUGGUUUGUGAUGCGCUCCUUCGGUCUGAAGAACCUGCAGGCUCAUAUCCGACACAGCGUGGAGAUGGCGAAGCUGUUCGAGUCUCUGGUCAGAAACGACACAAACUUCCAGAUCCCGGCGCAGCGGCACCUCGGCCUGGUCGUCUUCUGCCUACGAGCUGGAAACGGAGCGACGCAGGAGUUACUGAGGAAACUGACCAAGUCCGGCCACAUGUUUCUGAUUCCAGCCGCCAUCGGGAACAAACUCAUCAUCCGCUUCGCCGUGACGUCGCAGUUCACCAGCGCGCAGGACAUCGAGAGGGACUGGAGCCUCAUCCAGCAGGCGUCCCGCGAGGUUCUGCAGGCCUGCGCUCUCUCCCGCCAGCCCAGCCUGAUCUCUGACCCCGACAGCUGCGAGGAGGACCAGGAGGAGGCGCCGCUGACCAUCCACUCGGAGCUGAGCCGGAUGCGUCUGGAGCCCAUGAUAGACGGGCGUCUGGUGCGUCAGGGCCAGAGACGGGCCAUCCGCUCCAUGAGCUGCAGCGCCGAGCUGCCGCCCGCCAGACCCGAGCGCUCGCACCCGCUGGAGCAGAUCCCGGAGCAGCCGGCGCAGCCGCAGCCGAGAGCGCAGAAGCGUCUGAUGAAGUUCCACAGCGUGCCGAGCCUGUCGCAGGUCUGGGCUCAGUGCGGCAUGCAGCAGCUCUACCACCCCUUCAAGAGAGGGCUGGUCACCAGCCGCGCCAGCUGCUUAAACUGCCUCCCGCUCGCAGAGACCAGCCCACUGCACUCCAAAUAACACACACACACACACACACACACACACACACCUCACAGGAGCGUCAGGGAUGUUUUCACACAGGCAGGUCAGUGAACAUCACAACACAUUCCUUCUGUUCCUUUAUUAUUACAGAAAGCAUCAUAUGAUCAAUGUCUCUCAGUAUUGAUUAAUAAAAACACAUUUACUUGAACACACAUAUUUACUGCUAAAAGUUCGGACACACUGACUGAAUUUCUGUUUGUCAUCGUCCUAAAAACUAUGGACAAAAAAGGAUUCGUUUUCAGUGUUUCUCUAACUGGAGUUCAUGAGAUUUCUUUACAUGCGUGUCAUCUGUGGAAGCCCGUUUCUGCCAUGGAAUA